AAUGAAGACUUACCUAUUGAUAAUGUUCCUUUCGAAUUAGAAUGUAAUUUGCCAAAUUUCACUUUAGAUGAAAUAGAAGAAUCAGUAACUCAAAAUUUAAAUGGCUAUAAUAAUCAUGAGAAUGAAAGUUUAAUUCUCAACAAUAUUCCUUACGAAUUAGAAUAUGAUUUAUCAAAUUUCACUUUAGAAGAAUUUACAACACAUAAUUCCAAUGUUGACAAAUAUCCAUCUUGUAUUUCCCCUAAAAAAAACGAGAAUGAAGAAUUUACUACUGAUAAUAUUCCUUUCGAAUUUGAAUAUAAUUUCCCAUAUUUCACUUUAGAUCAAUUAGAAGAAUCAGCAACCCAAGAUUUGAUUCUCAACAAU